UUAUGGUUCCACUACCGAUACCCGGAGGAGGAUUUUGUCGUGCAAAUUGUUGUCGAUUUUGGACGUAAUUUUGCAGUAGAUGACAACGGAAGUUUACACUUUAGCGUGAUGCCUUAGGAUGAGAUUUCAUUCAACCCAACAUUUCUGGUUAAUUUUUGUACAUCAGGCCAGGGAUUUAGCAGUAAAACGCGAAUUGUUUCGUCGUUUCGCGAUUUCGUAGACAGACGAUUGACAUCGUCCUGUGUACGUACGUGUGUACAUGUAGGCCUACGACGUGAAGCAUUCACCGAACAGUGUUGUUGGAUGACAACCCACGCAAAACUGUGUAUCGACAAUCGUGUGGAUAUUCUGCACAGAAAUUUAGGGAAUUGCUCGAAACCAGAAUGGCAACAGAAUCUACGACUUAUUACCAGGGCGGUGGGGAGCUGGGAAUCGGAAGCUUAGCCUCCCACCUCAGCACCCGCUAUGGCACAGACCUGGACCUCUCGGAUGCCAGCUUCCAGCAGAACUUGGAUACCAUCAAGGACCAGAUCAAGAAAGAUAUCCGCAAGGAGCUCAAGAUCAAAGAGGGUGCGGAGAACAUGCGCAAGGUGACCACGGACAAGAAGAGCCUAGCCAACAUCAACAACAUGGUCAAGCAGGCUAACAUCCGGCUUCAUGAGCUCCAACAGGAAUUGAAUGAGCUCAAUGCCCACAUUGUGGUCAACACCGACGAAAUCAUGGCAGCAUCGGGUGAUGCAAGCCCACUGUCCCCAGACCACCGGCGGGCUUCCUCCUCCGAAGACGGUGGUGGUCCCCUCCGCCCAAGUGGCCCCACCCCAAACAGCCGGGUGGCAGCCUUAGAGAAGCAACUGGCCAUCGAGAUGAAAGUCAAGCAAGGUGCCGAGAACAUGCUACAGAUGUACUCCUCGGGCGGGAAGGACCGCAAGAUGGUGGCAGAGGCCCAGCAGAUGCUCCAGGACAGCAAGGUCAAGAUUGAGGUCAUCAAGAUGGAGAUACUGAAAGUCCAGCAGAGUAUGGCCAGCAAUAAUCUAUCCUCGGACUCCACGCACAUGGAUGGUACAGAUCUCGGUUAUCGCCGGGCCUCUGCUGCCGAUCUGCACCUGAGCCCUCUAGAGUUUCGCAUUGAGGAACUCAGACAUCACUUUAAGAUUGAGCUGGCUGUAGUGGAAGGGUUCAAGAAUGUGGCCAAGAUGCUGAGUGAGAGCAGAUCUGACAAGAAAGGAUUGGCGGAGGCUGAACGAGGAAUGCUUGAGUCCAGUCAUAAGCUGGACAUCCUGAGGCUAGCCCUAGAGAGGAGAAUCAAGGAGCUACCUCUGCAAUCAGACUCGGAGAAGAUACAGCAGAUCAAGGAUGAACUGGCCACGGGGAAGUCUCAGUCUUACGGCACCCUCCCUAAACCAGCCGCCCUGACAGGCCGCCUGGAGGUCCGCCUCAUGGGCUCCCAAGACCUGCUAGAGACAGUCCCCAACAGGUCCAAGUCAAACUCCUCCUCGGGUGGGGCCUUCAGCCCCGGGGAGAGCAGGGGGCUGCUGAAGGGGAAGACGUCGUUUCACGGCAGGACAGGCAGCCGGUCGUCCAGCACAAGAAGGGAUGAAUUGUCAACUGACAUCAGUGCCAUCUUAAAACUGGACAACAUUCAAGUUGGGCAGACGUCCUUCAAGCCGAUCGGUAACCAGUGUUGGAAUCAGCGGUUUAGCAUAGAACUAGACAAGUCCCGUGAGCUGGAGAUCUCUGUACUAUACAAGGACUGGCGAUCGCUGUGUGCAGUCAAGUUUCUAAGACUGGAGGAUUUUCUAGACAACCAAAGACAUGGCCUGGUCCUCAACCUGGAACCCGCAGGCAUGCUGUUCGCUGAGAUCACGUUCUUCAACCCCAGCAUCGAAAGGAGAACAAAACUGCAGCGUCAACGAAAGAUAUUCCCCAAAUAUAAAGGCAAGAACUUCCUGCGUGCCAACCAGAUGAACAUCAAUGUGGCGACCUGGGGCCGCUUGAUGAAGCGGGCCAUCCCGCCAACCUGUACCUCCCCGACCACCCUCAGCCCGCAGGGCCUCCCCACCGUGCCCCCCUCGCUACCCCCGCCGGUCAGGGAACGGCCCUCGAUCCCCAUCCAGAGGCUAAGCUUUGAGGGGGAGCUGCCAGAGAUCACAGACCGGGGGGCUCCAUCGCCCAAGAAGACCAAUGGGGACCAGGGGGGAAAGCGGAGGAUACCCGAACACGAAGUCGAGGAUGCGCUGUCAGCGUUUGACUUUCUGGGUAGUCCGGGUCCCAGCUCGGCGGCCCCUACGCCAGACCUACCAAAGUCCGAGUCCAGACCGAUUGUUCCUCAGGCCUCCACGCCGGUCUCACCACCGGCCAGUGUGCCAGCUCAGCCACAUGACAUCAGCUCCAAUAACUUCCUGACCAUGGAUAACUUCCGCUGCAUCAGCGUGCUGGGCCGUGGCCACUUUGGCAAGGUGCUCCUGGCCGAGUACAAGAACACGGGUGAGCUGUUUGCCAUCAAGGCACUCAAGAAGGGCGACAUCAUCGCAAGAGAAGAAGUGGAGAGCCUGAUGUGUGAGAAGCGAAUCUUUGAGACAGCCAACAGCAUGCGGCACCCGUUCCUGGUCAACCUCUUUGCCUGCUUCCAGACUGAGGCCCAUGUCUGCUUCGUCAUGGAGUAUGCCAUCGGCGGUGACCUCAUGAUGCACAUACACACGGACGUCUUCUCCGAGCCUAGGACAGUAUUCUACACGGCGUGUGUGGUACUGGGCUUGCAGUAUCUCCAUGAAAACAACAUAGUGUACAGAGAUUUGAAACUAGACAACCUUCUCCUAGACCAGGAGGGCUUCUUGAAGAUCGCUGAUUUUGGCUUGUGUAAGGAAGGCAUGGGCUUCGGGGACCGGACCAGCACGUUCUGUGGCACGCCCGAGUUCCUCGCCCCGGAGGUACUGACGGAACCGUCCUACACCAGGGCUGUGGACUGGUGGGGGCUUGGAGUCCUCAUAUUUGAAAUGCUGGUUGGAGAGUCUCCUUUCCCUGGUGAUGAUGAAGAGGAAGUCUUUGACAGCAUCGUCAACGAUGAAGUCCGUUACCCACGAUUCCUCUCAACGGAAGCCAUCGCCAUCAUGAGAAGGUUACUAAGGCGUAACCCAGAGAGGCGGCUUGGCUCCAGUAGACGAGACGCUGAGGACGUCAAGAAACAGGCAUUCUUCAGAAAUGUGAAAUGGGAGGAGCUGUUGAUGCGAAAAUCACCGCCGCCUUUUGCACCAAAUAUAGCCCAUCCGGAAGACGUCAGUAACUUUGACGAGGAGUUUACUCAAGAACGUCCCAUCCUAACCCCGCCGGCCCGCGAUCCUCGCUCCAUCACUGAGGAUGAGCAGGACUACUUCAAGGACUUCAAUUACAUAGCCGACUGGUGUUGAGGCUUGCUCUAGCCCCCUCGUGUGGCAAAUUUCCUGGUAGGAUUAAAGUACAGAAAUGUGGACAGCGCCCUCAGUUGACAGGAUUUUGCCAAUUGUGGAUUCAUGCCAGUGUGGGAUGUGACGCUUCAGGGAAGUUCGUCUUCUGGAUGGUGGCAGUUUCGAAUGCUGCCCUCUGUUGGCAAUAUUAUGUCAGUCUGCGACUGCCUGGAUGCAAAUGCAUUUAUGUGGUCAAUGUGCACACUGCCCUCUAUUGACAGGUUUCCACCAGUUGCCUGAACAAGACAUCGAGGAGUUAUACUUUCCUCAAUAUGUUUGAAGCAUAUAAACAAUCAGAGGAAAUUCAAAUGACUUCUGCUGCGACAUUCUGUACAGGAUGGAAUCGUAUGAUGACAGCGCCCUCCAGUGGUAGCUGUCCUCCUCAGUACCUCAGCCUAACGGUGAUCUCCUUUAAAUGGGAACUGUUAAAUUGACUGCAGCAGUGAAAAACACUACAAAGUCACAUAAGACACAUGUAGCAUCCCUAGCACCGUCAGCCAUGCAGACUAUCGGGGAUAUGCCAAACUUUCCGCUACACACAGUGGUGUAAAGCCUGUGCGUGUUGCCAAACAGCGCCCUCUGUUGAGGGGACUGGCACUCUGGCCAAUACCACCGUUGAUGACAACACUUAAUCAGUAUUUUUGUAAACUGGCUGUGGUUUGUGUCUUCAAAAAUAUCUGCUCUGACAAAACUUGUCACAGCUGUUGCGCCAUAUUCAAGUUGGGUAGCCGCUGAACCUUGAUCAUGCAUUGCAGUCUUUUAAUCUUGUUACUUCCUGUGUGUUAUAGAACAUGCAUUGCAAGUCCACCUCAAAAACCUGCAAGUUUUUACGGGAAUUCAGUACAUCCAGGCACUAUCUACAAAUUGUGUAACAUCUUUUUUUUUUGCAUUUAUUUUGUGUCUUUAAUGGGUUCUUAAAAAAAAAGCAUUUCAAUUUAUAACAUACUGAAAAUAUUUCGAGUUGAUGACUAUAAAAAACAAAUGAGAAAUUUUGACCUUGUCCUCUGUUUAAUUGAUCAUGCAGAUAAGACUUUGGUAAAUUCUAACAUGGGAGUCUGUGACUAGACUAGUCAGUGUUUGAUACCAAGACGUUCGCAUAAAAAGUGAACGUGGACUGGUGAGAAUUGCUUGCUCUAUCGCUAGGAAAAAUCCUCCAAUAUCCUUCGCUGUAUAGAAAGCAGUGGCACUAUCUGUGUACUUAAAAACUUUCAAGGCGACGUCAAACCUCAUGAAGAGCAAUAGUGGUUGGGCUGUACGUUCCUCAAUCCUGCAAAAUCCUAACCCAAGGGAGUUUGAAAGAUUUUGUAGGGUUAGGGGUCGUGUGCUCUCAGCCUGUUGAUGUGGCUGAUAUGCGAUAGUUUCAUAGCUGUACCGUGAAUGCAGAUAAAAACAUGAUAUUGUCCUGAAGUUUAUUUAUAAUCUGGGUACUGGUUUUUUUUUUUUAACCUUUGCUACAUCAGGGUGCAACUGGCCCCUUUUUGGCACCACAUGUGAACUGUAGUUCAAACACUACUUUUGCAGUGGGCCAUUUUGAUGCGAUAGAUGGAUUUGAAUAAACGCAUUUUUUUUAUCCGCUUAAGCCCUACGGAAAGAAGUGUAAACAUUUACUAGACAUUUUUGAGUUUGUAAAUUGAGUGGUAUACCAUUUUAUUUAAGGGCAUUAGUCUCAUAGCCUUAGAUAUUUUUCCCUUCCAUAUUGAGUAUUUAGCUGGGUCAAAGGUUACAAAAAGGUCAUCCAGAGGUCACGAGCGAACAUGAUCACAAAAGUAGACCGAAGUAAGGUUUUGUAACCCAAAAUUUUAUCGAACAGCUUUUCCGCUUUAACUGCAAGUUUGGAAAUGAAUGAAACUGCUGCAAACUGCUUACUGACUGGAUUGACCUGAAAUGUACAAAUCAAAAAAGUGUGAGGGCUUAACGUUUCAAUCCUAGCCUACAAGCCUACCUAUCCUCAAUGGUAUUGCAUUUAGCUUGAUUCCUUCUGGCUAAGGCAGUUUAUUUAAUCAAAAGAGUUACGGAGACCACUCAGAAAUAUUGCAAUAGAUUUGGAGUAAAAGAAGAUCAGGUCAUGAAUGCAAGUUAAAGAUCUGACAUGUACACAUGCCUAGAUACACUCUUUUCGAACAACAAAAUGUUUCUUUUAAUGUUGCUUUAAAAAAAAAACCUUUUAUGCAUUUAUGUUGAGCGGUUCAACUGUUGACAACCCAGCAUACCGUACAUAAAAAUCUUAAUGCAUAUUGGGUGAUACUUUAAAAAAAAUUAAAAUAACCUUUGACCUCUACCUUCCAGCAAUAGUGAUGACAUCAUUGUCCUAUAAAUAGCUACCUGUAAAUUAAUGUAGGGAAGUUUAAAAACUAAUCCGAUGUGUAAAUAGUCUAUUAAAUUCUGAGUUUAUAUUGAUUGUAUUCAGAUGUGCUGAUAUUGAUAACAAAUCGGGAUUUUUUUUUGUUUUGUUAAAUAAUGGUGCGAUGUUAACAUCACAUAUGGGUGUGUAUUCACUGUUUAGUCAUUUAAGUAUUGGUCUACAAAUCCACAUUAUGCUUUUAUUACAAGCCUUAUUGUUGUUGAAUCUGAGUUGAAUUUUCUAGUAUCUGAUAUGGUGCAAUCUUAGGAGACUUUUUUUUCAUCGAAAAAGUGUCAUUGGUUCCUUUUCGGGAAAUUGUGGGCAGUUAAUGAAUUCAUUCGAGAAGUACAUGACCCAUUCCAAAAUGAAUGAUACAAAUAGCUAUUUUGAAUUUUCGCUAAAUUGAUCAGUGUAAUAUCUCGGAGCUCCAUUUGAUGAAAUUUUCCAAGAUGAAUUAUGAAAAUUGAUACUUGAAUUUUUCUCUAAAUUGAUCAGUAGCGCCAUUCGAUGAAAUUGUUCAUUAAUUUAUUUGAUCAUAAUAUCCUUUGUUUUGCCUGAACAAGAAUCGGGUGGAAAUAGUUUGGCAUCGACAUUUGUAUUUUUUAAUGGAUAAAAUUACUUGUAAAGAAUGUGCUUUUUAUAUGCAAAACCAGUGUGUGAAAAAAACUGUCUUUGCAAGGUUUAAUGUGUGUCAAUCGUUGCUCUCAAGUCUGAUGCCAUGGUGCACUUAAGGUGUCAAAACAAACAGAGCGACACGGGGAACUGUACCAGUCCCCAACUUAAGUUGGAUCCAUUUUGGAGCAGUCUCGGUGUUGUCUGUGGCAAUCUGCGGCUGUGACUAUAACAUUGGGGACAUUGUGCAUAGCCACACUUUUUUCCACAGCCUUAGACACCUUUUAGGCAGGUGCCUGUGCCAAAGUUGUACCCUCAGUGGAAAAAUCAGGUCGGGACACCAGACUAAUCAAAGCCACUGUCACAGCCUUGUUUGUAGACACAGCCCCUCCAUGUCUGUUCCUUCCUGGGAGUAUUUUUUUUUAUGACCCUGUAUCUUGUGUCAUCAAAUCCCAAAAUUACACUUAUUAAUUUGUUACUGUAAAUACAAGUGUGAAAUUAUUUUGUAUUUGUUAUUUUGGCGUAUCUUAUUGUCUCUGCAGUUAGAGAUGCAUUUCUCUUUAAUCCCCUAAGUAUAUUUGUUUAUUUUACCUGGUAUAAUGAGACAUUCUGAGUAGUCACCUGUCCGUUCUUUCCCCCACAAAUUUUAGUACAUAAUCCAUGUAUUAAAUCUAGGUUGAAGUUUUUUUUUCCAAAAGCAUUUCAAAAGCAUUCAUGUAGAAACUAUUUCUUUUAAAAUUGUAUUAUUUAAAAGUUGAAUGAUCCCCACCGAAAAUCAGACGUAGAUUUAGCCAGGAAAUAUGGAGCAAGUUAUGGAGUGUUUGCUUUAUUCUACAAGGUUGGUUUCUUCCUUUGGGUGACCUAUUUUUGUUGUUAUUAGUUGAAAUUUUUGUCAAGUAGACACAAAUAUCAUCUAAUAAAUAGUUUGUUGGCGGUACCCGCUGUUAUAAUGAUUCGAACCGGGUAAAAACCCCCAGCAAGUUUGGUGUUCGAGUGGUAAGGCGUCUACACUAGUAAUCAAAGGUCGUGGGUUCGAGUCCCACUCAAGUUAGCUUGUGAAAUUUCCUCACUAGUUGUGUAUACAUGUACCCAGGAUACAGUUUUUAUAAUAAAAUACGUCCGAUCAAGGUAUAUUUUGUGUGUUCAAAUAAUGAUGCUAUGAUAAAAAUCAUACUCAAGAACCAGUGGUCCCUGGUCUGCCAAAUUUGUUGCUAUAAUGUCUCUCCAAAAGCAAAUAAUAUAAAAUAAGGAAUGUUUGCUGUUCUGUGACCAUCCAUAAAUGAUUGUUGCCACUCAGCUUCUUGUCGACAUUUUCCUGUCCAGCUACUUGCUGUCUGCCACACUAUUCAGGUCGUUUUAAUUGGAGAGGAGGCUGCUUUUUCGGUGAUAAUCAAUUCAAUCUUCAUUGUAUUUUGGGAGACCUCAAACUUUUUCUGUAUAUAUCCGUAGUAUUAUUCUUAAUCGGCUCACACUGUCCUAUUGUGCUUGGCAUACAGACUGGUGUACAAUAAAACAAUAUUUUUGUUGAAAGAACUGUAA